GGAGUUCUCUUGUUGUCCAGCAGAGGGCGUGGCGUCGCCGUGUGAUAUAUACGGGGCCAGUGGACACCAGAGGACACACCGCACUCGAUCUGCGCUCGGCUCUCAGCACAACGGGCAACAGCUAUGAUCACCGAGAUACUUGCAGUAGCACUCCUGGUGGCUGUGCCAACAUACGCAGACUCAGACUGCGGUUGCCAGGACUCAAGAUGGCAUGAUCAAGAUGAUGACGACCAUCAGAUACAGUCAUACUCUCAAUACAAAACAUUUGGUUGGCCUGGACAAGCUGGUGCUUAUGGAAGUGCAUCAGCCUCCAGUUCUGCUUCAUCUGCUGGCGCUUCUGGAGUAGGCUUCUACGGAGGAUUUCCUGUUGGUCAGGGAUACUAUGGUGGUUGGGGAGGCUGUGGUGGUUGGGGAGGUUGUGGUGGUUGGGGAGGUUGUGGUGGCUCAGGAGGUUGUGGAGGUUGGGGAUAUCCUGGUUGGCCUGCAGGAACUGGAGCUUCCAGCAGUGCAUCAUCCGUCAGCUCUGCUUCAUCAGCUGGUGCUUCUGGAUUAGGCUUCUAUGGAGGAUUUCCUGGUGGUUUGGGAGGUUAUGGUGGUUGGGGAGGUUAUGGUGGUUGGGGAGGUUAUGGUGGCUGGGGAGGUUAUGGUGGCUGGGGAGGUUAUGGUGGUUGUGGAGGUUGCAGUGGUUCUGGAUAUCCUGGCUGGCUUGGAGGAGCUGGAACUUCCAGCAGUGCAUCAGCCGCCAGUUAUGCUUCAUCUGCUGGUUCCUUUGGAAUUGGUGGUUACUCUGGGCAAUAUGGAACGCAGGGAUUGGGAUUCCCAGGACGAUGGUGUGGUGGAAACCAAGUUUGGGGAUGUGUUGGAUACCCUCGUUGCGCAUGUGGAGGAUAUCCUGGUUAUCAAAGAGUUGGAGCGGCUACAAGUGCAGCAUCAUCCUCUAGUUCUGCGUCUAGCACAGCAGGUGCGGCUGGUACUGCUUCUUCAUCUGCCUCUUCGUAUGGUUCUUCCAGAGGUAAUUCGUAUGGGAUAUACGGUGGCUUCCACUGAGGAUUCGUGGGAGGAUGGGAAGGCAGCGGAUUGUGUCGAGGUCCUGGAGUGUCAGGGCAUCCAGUGGUUCCUCUGCUGUUACUUCUAGAUCCUGCCUGGAUUACCAUAAGAACAAUAACUGCAUUCUGUUUGGAACAAAUUUUACUUGUUCAAAUCUGUUGCAGUUAAUUCUGAAACACACCUACAUUUACCAGAAGAGAUAUGUAAAGUAAUUUGUAAAUUUUUUUGAAUAAACCAUACUAUUAAUAUA